CAAAGCUUUCAAAAUGGCAUCCUUUGAAGAAGCGUUUGAUGUUGUUAGUAAUACAUUUCGAAUUCCUAGUUUAAAUGCGCAGCAAAAAACUGGAAUUAGGAAAAUAGUUGAGGAAAAAAAGGAUGUAUUUGUCAUUCUUCCUACUGGUUUCGGGAAAUCUCCCCUGUAUGAAGCACUAUCACUCGUGUUUGAUCUUACCUCACAAGAGCCGGGUCAUAUUGUCGUCGUUGUCUCACCAUUGGAAAGCCUUAUGAACGACCAAGUGUCCCAUUUGAGGGAGCUAGGGCUAAAAGCAGCUAACAUAAGUUCACUUGAGGAUAGUAAACGCACUCGUGUUGAAAGCGGUGAAUAUUCCUUAGUUUACGGAUCCCCUGAGGCGUGGUUAAGGAACGAACGCUGGAUAUUUAUGCUGACGAACUCUGUGUAUUCCAAAAAACUCUGUGCCAUUGCCAUCGAUGAAGCGCAUGUUGCAAGACAAUGGGGAACAUCACAAGAUAAUUAA